AAAGAACGCUACUAUUUGUCAGCGAUUAGAAAACAGAUAUACUAUUCGGUAUGCGACAACACUCGUGACACAUUUUAAUUUUUUGUCGAUCCUCUAAACACGUUCCCCAAAAAAAAAUUCUCAAAAAUUCACGGUGGAUGAUUUUCGUCGACUUUUCCAGCCGCCCGUUCGACCGCCUUUCUUCCGUUCUUCCUCCGAUGUUCGGCCGUACGCGAAGCGGCGCGAUGAAGGCGAGCAGGUAGAAGAGACCGCCAUGAGUGGAGCCGGCCCGGCCGCCGCCCCAGCGGUUUUGCUGCUGCAACAGCAGACCGAUUUGAAGCGGCAGAAGUUGAUCGGCUGCAGGGACAACGUGCCUUCGGUGCACGGAAGGCCCAACGCCUCCCUCAACGUCAAGACCAGAUUGAGCAAUCACCAGAGAAAUUUGAGUCUUGAUUUCAGAUCGAUGGGUAUCCUCCUGCCGCCCGUUACCCAAGUGACAACGCUGGCCACCAACCCCCUGACGCACCACCACCGCAACCGAAGCCUCGAUUCCGCCCUGCAACGCAUCCCCGAAGUGGACGUGACGCCCAGCCCGGAAUGCGAAACGGCCGUCAACGCGAUGAUGUGCGCCUCGUCGGCCGCCGUCGACCAGCGACCGCCGUCGGCCGCCUCCAAGCAGCGCAACGACGAAAUCGUGAGCCUCGGCUCGGACGAUUCGGGCAUCCUGUGCGGCUCCGACGCCGGCUCGUCGUCGGAAUCGAACGCGACGCGCGAAUCCUCCGUCGAAUACAUCGAUAACAUCGCCAAGCACCGCGACGACGAUGAUGAUGUCGACGAUGUCGACGAUGACAAGGGCGUCGCGGCGACCGAUUACGGCGAGGAGGCGAGCGCCGGCGAGGCGCCGAAGAGCUCCGGCAUGCUGCGGUUGCUCGAGAGCAAGGUGUUCGACGUGCCGAUGGCCAUGCACUAUUUGUUCAACAGCAAAGAGCCCGGCGUUUUGUGCUACAUUGUCAAUAAGAUGUUCAGUUUCGAUCACCACGUGGUGGACUUCUAUUUGCCGCAGUUGGUGUGUAUGUACAUACAGAUGCACGAUGUUGCUGAAGUUAUUCAUAGGUAUCUCAUUCAUAGGUGUAGGAAAUCGAUAGAUUUUUCGUUAAAAUGUGCCUGGCUGUUGGACGCCUUCAGUUCGGACGCUUCCUUGCCCACCAAAAAGAAGCCUCACGGCAUCAAAUUGCGCAACCUCAUCCUCUCGGACGAACUUCGACCGAAAGAUCAAAAAAUCAUGACCACGUCAUUGAACAGCAGCGACAAAUUGGUGGUACCUCAACAACCGGCUAAAAAGUCGCACCAGCGGUCGCACAGCGACGCCUCCGCCUUGUUGCCCGGCCUGAAGAAGGCGCCCGCCUCCCAGGCGAAGCUCAGCUUGGGCGAUUUGAGCUCCGGCAGGGCCUUCGACAACGGCUGCGUGUGCUUCGAGAGCUGCCAGAGCGUCGUCAACGAUCUUAGGGGAGAAAAGACUGAAUGCACCUGUUCGGCCCCGAGACUGAGGCCCGAACUGGAAUUUAUGCAAGCGCUAAUACUGAUCGGCAAAUUACUUAGUUCCAUACCGACGAAGGAAGCUAAAACUACGCGGCUGGUGGCCGAAUUAACCACGCUCAAUUUGAACUUACCCGCCAGAGUGUGGUUACCCUUGUGUAGCCAAAAUCCCCAUUUCAUAGUUAGGAUACCGUCGCAAGUGGCAGCUGUACUCAAUUCCAAAGAUAAAGCUCCCUACAUAAUCUACGUGGAGGUGGUCGAAGUGGAGGACUUGGAGAGUUCGCCCGUGCCCCAAAAGAUAAUGUCCACGCUGAGGCAUACGAAAUCCGAGGAGAAUCUCAAGCACGAGACGGUCUCAUUAUCGGCGUUCAGCAUGUGCGGCGGGUGUUACGACGACGCCGAUCCGGACUGGAGCCAGGAGGAUGAUGAAAUAUCGCAGCAAUACACGCAAAUGAGAAAACCCGUCGAUAGGGAUACGAUAUCCCAAAUGAGCCAGGAAUCGAGCGAUUCGCGAGAACCACCCGUAUCGAUACCGGCGAGCGAAAUUCGAAGGAGAUUGUCGGAUUUCUUCCACGAAGAGAAAAACAAGCAAUUCACCCACGAUCCCGAAGAUCCUUCGGCGGCCGUGCUGAAAGAACCCUGGCAGGAUAAGGAGCAAAGGAUACGCGAAAGUUCGCCGUACGGUUAUCUAUCGUCUUGGCGAUUGCUUUCGGUCAUUGUGAAAUGCGGCGAUGAUUUGAGACAGGAAUUGAUGGCUUCGCAGAUAUUAGAAACGUUUCAAAAGAUUUGGGAGAUGGAGCACGUCCCGCUGUGGUUGCAUCCUUACAGAAUAUUGUGUUUAUCCGACGACAGCGGUUUGAUCGAGCCGAUAUUGAAUACAGUUUCGUUGCAUCAAGUUAAAAAGCAUUGUCAGCUCUCCUUGUUGGAAUAUUUCGUCAAGGAAUUCGGUCCGAUGACCUCCGAAGGGUUUCUCACUGCUCAGAAAAAUUUCGUGCAGAGCUGCGCCGCUUAUUGCCUGAUUUGUUAUCUAAUACAAGUCAAGGAUAGGCAUAACGGUAACAUCUUAUUGAAGAGCGACGGUCACCUGAUUCACAUCGAUUUCGGUUUCAUCCUGUCCACGUCGCCUAAAAAUCUCGGUUUCGAAAAAUCCCCGUUCAAAUUGACGGCGGAAUUCGUCGAGAUCAUGGGCGGAGAAAACUCCGACAUGUUCGAGUAUUUCAAGAUACUCAUUCUGCAAGGCCUCAUCGCCGCCAGGAAACACCACGCGAUGAUCAUCACAUUGGUGGAGAUUAUGAGAUCAGGAUCUCAGUUGCCUUGUUUCAAGUCGGGCGCUUCGACGGUACAAAACCUGAAGAAUCGCUUCCACAUGAGCAUGACGGAGGAGCAGCUGCGAUUGGAGGUGAACCGGAUGGUCGAAGGGAGCAUCCACUCGUUGUCGACGAAGCUCUACGACGGCUUCCAGUACUUCACCAACGGGAUCCUCUAACCGUGGCUGGGCAGAUUGUCGCCCCCCUUUCGGCGAUCGUUGAAAGGAAAGCGGGGUCGGUGUAUGUUAGGAAAUAAUCGCGCGGAAACUUUUGUUUUGUUUCGUUUUCGGAAGUUGAAUUUUGCUGAACGUUUUCGAAAUUGUCCUAUUUUAAAGUCAACUUACUUCGGGUGGUUCUGUUAUCUAAAUACGUUUACGCGAUACGAAGAUUUCAUACGAGAGAACGAUAAACCUGCGUAGUAAAUGAAACCUGUGAAAUACUAUUGCAUUGAAUUAGAUUACUGUAUUGUAAGUGCUGGUGUCUGUUUUGUAUAGUUCGAGCCACGUAUUAUUUAAUAUUAAUUAACUAAACUAAUUCUAUUAUUGUUAAAAUGCUCAAAGUUUAUAACACCAUUCUAUUAACAACACUGUGUGGAACGAUGAACUUUAUCUAGAUAAUUGAGUAUGUAUUAGCGAAUUUAGUAUGUAAGAGAGCUAGCUGAAGGGGUUUCUUUUUUAUUUAGAUUUUUCUAGUUAUACUUUACCUUCUCUACGCGCUGCGUGUACAUAAAUUUUAAAUGUAUAUUUUACAUAUUGGUAAGUGGAUAAAAAUACUCAAGUCAAUUUUUUCAUACUGAAAACUCUUCGAGGCCAAAUAUGUAGAAAAGUGACGUUUUUUAUGUAUUUUAUUUUGUUAAAUAUAAUUUUAAAAUCAUUAUAUAUAUUUAUUUCUACGUUUAUUAUAAGUGUUGUUAGUAAAUACUUGUUUAUCGCAUUAUGAGAUUUAUUGAUAUUAAAAAAAAUGAAGAGAAAACAUUCCAAAAAAAGAAUGUCUUUAUUAAGAGCUUAGUGUUACUUUUGAAUUAAAGCUUUCAAUUAUUUGAAAUUAAAAUUCAGGUGACUCGAAAUUUUCAAAAUAGUAAACUCUACCACAAUAAUUGAAAUUAUCUGGAAUGUUGUCCUAUAUUUCAAGUACAACUUGCUUUGAGUCGCCUGGGUUUGAUAAGAAACUUAAGCUUGGUUUCAAAUACGUAAGAGGAAAUAAAAAAAUGCAAAAUGUAGAAAAAACUGUACAGUCAUUUUAUCUAAUCAUUCAUUUUUAAUAUAAUAAUAGUGUAAAUAGUCGUAUAAUGAAAUCGUUAGAUUUUUUUAAGUGUAAAUGAAAGUUUAUCCAUCCAUUUUAUAAGAAAAUAUAAAAACGUAGAUAAUUAAUUUAAUUAGCUUAAAAUUGAGAUUUUUCUUAUUAGCCGGCUUUCGUUUAAAUAAAUGUAACUUCAAUUAAACUGCAGUGAGAUUUUUAUAAAAUGUAAAAUGAUUGCGCUCUAUUGUUCAUUAGAAUUUAUUAACUAAAUAAAAUUGUGGUUACACUUAAUCUACUCGAUUUUAUAGAAAAUAAAUAGUUACUAUUGUUAAUAUAAAAAAUACGACUGAAUUUUAUUGGGUUUUCCAUACGUUUGAACUAAUAAAACCGAUACCUUAAUAGCAAUUUUAAUUUAAGAGAGAUUUCAAUAUUUUCGUAUUUUAAAACAACUUCGAACUAAAUUAUAAGUUUUUUACACUGUAUUUGUAUAAUGGAUGACCCUGUAAAUUAAAAAAAAUGCAAAAAGACUGAUGUCCCUUUAAGACUUUUUGCAGCUUUAGCGUCUGUAACAAAAUCAUUUGAUUGUUUCGGUUUCGAUAAAAAAUAUGUUUCAGUUGAAGUGGCAUUACGUUUUCAGUAUAAAUCUACAUUUUAUUACAAGAUUUUUAAUAUACAAGCGUAUUUUAUUAUACAUCUAAAUUGUAUUUAACAGUAAAUAUACAAUCAAUU